AUGGGCUGGACUACGUGCAAUACCACUACCGAAGAUGAGAAGAUCGAGGAGAUUGCCCUCUGGGAUGGCGGGCUCACCUUUCACGAACUCAGCCUGAUCGUGGGCGGCGCUUGCGCCGUCGUCGCCUGUGUCGCCUCGAUAUUUUUGAUUAUGGGCCAUGCCCGACACUACAGCAAGCCGAUCGAGCAGCGCCAUAUUAUUCGCAUUCUCUGGAUGGUCCCUAUAUACUCCCUCGUCGCAUGGCUUAGUAUCCUUUUCUACCACGACUCCGUUUACUUUGAGGUGAUCGGCAACUGCUAUGAAGCGUUCUGUAUCGCCGCAUUCUUCUCCCUCAUGUGCGCCUACAUCGCUCCUGACUUGCACAGCCAAAAGGACUACUUCCGCGGAAUCCAGGCGAAAAGCUGGCUCUGGCCGUUGAGUUGGUUUCAAAAAUGGGCGUGGUGCGGUGGCUCACGCGGGAUAUGGAGAGAUCCCCGCAGUGGCGUGACAUGGUUUAAUGUCAUCUGGACUGGCGUCUUUCAAUACUGCGUGAUGCGCGUGUUGAUGACCAUCGUUGCCGUUGCCGCUCAAGCCACUGGCAGAUACUGUGAGGAAUCGCUGAGUCCGGCUUUCGCUCAUGUUUGGACCAUCGUCAUCGAAUCCGUCUCCGUCACAAUCGCAAUGUACUGCUUGAUCCAGUUCUAUCACCAGAUCAGUCAAGAUAUCAAGCAACAUCGCCCAUUCCUGAAGAUCGUCUCCAUCAAGCUGGUCAUUUUCUUGUCAUUUUGGCAGUCGACCUUCAUCAGUCUACUCAUUUCAGGAGGCGCCAUUCACCCAACGAAAAAAAUAGCCAUGGCAGAUCUCAAAUACGGUCUUCCAGAACUACUUAUCAACAUUGAAAUGGCCAUUUUUUCCAUCUUGCAUCUGUGGGCUUUUGCCUGGCGACCCUAUGCAACCCAACCCGGUGAGGUCUCCGAUUUCUACGGCAAUGGUAAGGAAGCCUACUCAGGCGGACGCUGGGGCUUUAAAGCAUUGAUGGACGCCAUGAACCCAUUCGACUUGGUGAAAGCUAUCGGACGUGGUGGACGUUGGCUAUUCGUCGGCCGCAAAAACCGCAUGCAAGACCCCAGCUACCAGCGACAAGACGAAACAAUUGGCCUCGAGUCUUCAGAAACUGGUAACACAGGAACCUCCUACCAAGGCGCAGGGACGACCAUGUCUGGCGGCCGGACGGGCCGCUAUGCCGGUGACGAGGAAGGCGAGGUCCUUCUCGCGAACGCCCAGUCAAAUCCCGAGGCCAGCCAUCUAGGUACUUCCCCGUACUCCGAAUCCGAUGAGUACCUGGGCGAGCACUCUGGGCGCUUCUACCAGAGUGGCCAUGGGCAUGAACAUUCGCCUUACGACGAUAUCGAGCACCAGAAUGUCGGAUAUGAUUAUGCUGGUGCCCACGAUGCCUCGGCACAUCCUUACCCAGCCGACGGGCCUCUCCGCGAACAAGUGCCCAUGCCGAUGCCAGAUCCGUACCAGCCGCCGCCUCCUUACCCCGACGAGCACCACCAUCUAUAG